AUGAAGGAGGAGUUUUAAAAUGGGCACAGUCACUUGAAAAGGUUCUAUAUUUAAGAGAACAAAGGCGGAAAUGGGAUGGAUUCGUUUGGGAUGUGGUUUUAGUGUUUACGGUGCGAAAGAGUUGUCAUGAAUCGUAG